AGGAUGUGUGCAGGAAGCUGUCCAGGGAGGGGAAGAGCUUAUGAAGAAUCACUCCCUCUGCACUUCCCUGAGGAAGAAGGACCAGACGCUACUGCUCUCCUCCUGGGUGUGAGGUGGACAUCCCUCGGCAAGUGGGGCUGGCUCUGGAGGAAGAAAAGAGAGAUCCCAAUGCUGUUCCCAGGUCCCCCACCUGUGCCCCAGCAGAGCACUUUCCACAGCCCGACACUGUGGUCGGAGUGUCAGUCACUUCACAACUCCUGCCUCAACUUUUCCAGCCACAGCUGGGCCGGGAUGGGAUGGGAAUGCUAGAGUUAUAGGCAGAGAGGGGGGCCCAUCACCAGCUGAGCCAGGUUGGAGUCCAGGCCUUGGGACUCUAUCUCCACCCUAGUCCUCCCAAAGCAGUCAGAGGAGCCUUCUGAGGGAGGGAGCAGGGUGUGGCCACAGGGAGGCUUGCGCCAGCUGGAAGCGGCCUUGAACUUGGCUCAAGUGGAAACAGUGGGGGCUCUGGGCCGGUCACGCUCCAUGGUCACAGGCUCCCAAGACUGCUGAGGCAGAGCUUGCCCAAGCUGAGGAAAUAACUCACGGAAGGAGGGUCUUGGCUCAUCUGUGUGCCGGGCACCAGUGUGGGAGGGAGAAAAUCAGGCCAGGGAAAAAGGAGGCGAGAGAAAAAGGGAGGGAGAGGGUGACUGUGCUGAUUAAUUGCAUGGUCAUUUGUUGAAUGCCUCUCAGAUGUCAGCCCUGUGCCGGGGAGCUCCAGCGCCUGGGAAUCUCCAGUCUCUAGCAGAGGAGGCAAGUGAUCCUCAAAAGAGCUCCAGCCCUGGAUGUGUCCUCCCACCAUGGCCGCCACCGCCUCUCCUCUGCCACCCACCGCCAAGGUGGCCAGUUCUGAGAACAGCAGCUCCUUCUAUGACUAUGAGUACUACCUGCACGACGUGGCCUUCAUGCUCUGCAGGAAGGACGAGGUGCUGUCGUUUGGCAGAGUCUUUCUGCCCCUCUUCUAUGGCCUGAUCUUUGUGCUGGGCCUGGGCGGGAACCUCCUUCUCCUAGUGGUCUUGCUCCGGUAUGUGCCUCGAAGGCGGAUGACCGAGAUCUAUCUGCUGAACCUGGCCGUCUCCAACCUCCUGUUUGUGGUGACGCUGCCCUUUUGGGGCAUCUCUGUGGCCUGGCAUUGGGUCUUUGGGAGUUUCUUGUGCAAGGUGGUGAGCACCCUCUACACCGUUAACUUCUACAGUGGCAUCUUCUUCAUCAGCUGCAUGAGCCUGGACAAGUACCUGGAGAUUGCUUGCGCUCAGCCCCACCACCGGCUGAGGACCCGGGCCAAGAGCCUGCUCCUCGCAGCUGCCGUGUGGGCUGUGGCCCUGGCUGCCUCCAUCCCUGACAUGGUCUUUGUGAGGACGCAUGAGAACGCCCCAGGCGUGUGGGACUGCUUUGCGGAUUUUGGGGGGCAUGGGACCAUCUGGAAGCUCUUCCUCCGCUUCCAGCAGAACCUCCUGGGGUUUCUCCUCCCCCUCCUUGCCAUGAUCUUCUUCUACUCCCGCAUUGGCUCUGUCCUGGCCAGGCUGAGGCCCCCAGGCCAGAGCCGGGCUCUGAGGAUGGCCAUAGGCCUGGUGGUGGCCUUCUUUGUGCUGUGGUUCCCGUACAACGUCACCUUGUUUCUGCACUCGCUGCUGGACCUGCAAGUCUUUGGGGACUGCACGGUCAGCCAGCGCCUGGACUACGCGCUGCAGGUGACAGAGAGCAUCGCCUUCCUCCACUGCUGCUUCACCCCCGUCCUCUAUGCGUUUUCCAGCCGCCACUUCCGCCAGUACCUCAAGGCUCUCCUGGCCACUGUGCUCCGACGACACCAGGCUCCUUACCUUGCCCAGGCCCCACCGUCCAGCUAUUCUGAGAGUAGUAGGCUCAGUGGCCAAGAAGAUAUAACUGGCAUGAAUGACCUCGGGGAGAGGCAGGCUGAGGACUCCCCCGACAAGGGGGACGCGGGGAAGAAUUCAGCCUGAGUGGCCACACCGCCGUCCACGAGAGCAGAUGGGACCCAGCUCAGCUGCGCAUCCACCGAAGCCCUCCCUUCAGAGGUCUCAGUGACUGUGUUGCUGAACAAGCCAGUUCUUGGUCCUCAGCCAUCAGCAGCGUUCGCUCUCUCCUGUCUUCUCCCUCCUCUUUCUCCACUGCCUUCCAGGACGCCACACUCGCUGGCCUGAAUGGCUGCCGCAGUUUCCCAGCUGACCCCUGUGCUUCCUAUCCUCGUGCUCUCCGGUCAUCUAACCUACACCCAGCAGCCAGAGUAACCACAACACCCUCAGCCGUCUCUCCCAUCCCCCUCAGAGCAGCCCGAGGCCUGCCACCCACCAGACUGCCGCCUUCCCUGUGGCUCAGCUGGGGAAAUAUUAUUGCAAGAUUGUUGACUAUCACAGCCUUGAUGGUGGAUCCGGGGUCUGGCAGUCAGGAGGGGCUGGAGGUGCUCCACACAUGCGAGUCUGCGGGUGGGAGGCAGAGUGAGCACGUGUUCCUGGUGGUCCAGGAGCAUCUGCCUCCCUCUGCCUCCCACGCCCCCUCUCAGGAGCCUUCAGGGCUCCCUAGACCCUGCACUACCAAGUCCAGAACCUUUGUCCAAUUUAAGGCUGGAGCUUUCACAAUUAGAAUCCCAUACACCGUUUCACCCUUGUACUCCUUCACCUCCCUUUUCAUUUCCUGGUUGCCACACCCAUUGUUCUUUCCUGCACGUUCCCGUCUUUGCUUUUGCGCUUUCCGGCUCCCUUAUGGAACAGGGAUCAUUUUCCAGCCAGGUAUCCCCUCACCCUUGUUGUGUAACUGAAUCCUACUUGCUCUGGGAAACCACUCCGGGGUCACUCUGCCCUGUGCUUUGGGUAGAGGUUGGGUAGAGCAUGGGUCUUUGACCAGUGACGACCUUAUGUUUCCCUGGCACAGUGAUUCAUUUAUGGAUGGGCACAUGACCCAGGCAGAGCUUGUGAAACGUAACUUGACUAGAGCAUGCUAGAACAGAGGCAUGAAACUGAAGCCAAGGGGAUGUGAGGUCUGGAGCUGCUCCUUCAUUGGUUCGAACUUCAGAAGGUGAGGUGACAGCAGUGAGUGAGCAGAUCCUGGGGGCAGCGCUCGAGCCCUAGAAUCAAGGCACGGCUGAAGCUCAUCCCAAGCCUGGACUUGACGGUGACACGAACCAAUAAAUUCCUUUCCAGUU